AUGUCGUCGAUCAGAAGCAUACUGCGCAUCGUCAUCAUUUACGAAUUUCGCCGCUUCCCCAUCACACCACCGCCACCCAUCGUCGUCGUCUUAGUCAUCAAAGGAAUAGGAAGAAAAAUUCCACCGAUUUUACAUGCACUUCUGUCUCUUCAAAGUCCUCGUCGUCAAGUUCUUCCACCAGUUCUUCGAGUUCCUCCAGUUCUUCAAGUUCAUCGAGCACUUCGAGCUCAUCAUCGAGCGAUACGUCCAGUUCCGCACCGGUGGACAAAAAGCGGGCUCAAGUCUGUGGGUUUCUUUGAGAGGGGGAGAGAGGGAGAGGGCGCCAUUGGUAAAGUUACUUUCAUCCCCAUGAGGCUGCGGACGAGUGGAAAAUGGCGUUUGGCUGUUUCAAUUGCUUUGGGAAUUUACGCGAGUCUCAGGUUCACCGCAUUUGUUGUUGUUGUUGCUGCUGCUGCUGUUAACGUACUCUAG